GUCAAGUCCCCUUUCCUCUCUCCUCCCUCCCAAUUAACGCCGUUCUUUACACAUCCGUGACCCACUCAUCUCGUGAUGUAUAAAAGUACAUAUAUUAGAGAACAGUCUGCAUUAUCAGUAGAUGGAAAAGUUUCGUCUGUCGGUAAAGUAUUAUUAACAUCUUUCUGUUGGUACGUUGGUAGAAUUGAUGGGGAUGGUCGAUGGUGUGGGACCAUUGGGUGUGGCGAGGGAAGCUCGAUAGUUUCGGUAACGAACGAAAACAACAAUCGUAAACGAAGGAGUUAGGCAAAUCGUUCGAUCUCGCGUUGGCCUUUCCAGAGGGUCAUCAUGUCGGUGGACAAGCAGGAGUAUCACAGAGCGUCUAACGCGGUCGUUUUCGGCGGAGGGCUCUCGUUCGUGGCGCUCUUCCUUCUGAUGAUGGCCUUCAUAAGUCCAUACUGGAUUCAGUCGUAUCAGGAGACAUUUAGCAAUUUCAAGCACAUGGGACUCUGGGAAUACUGCUUUGAGCAAUUCCGUUAUCCCUACUAUCAGUUUGACAAACAAUUUGAUGGUUGCCAUCAUAUAUUUUCGCAAGAAUAUUACGUUAUAAGGGAGUGGCUGCUGCCAGUGUGGCUCAUGGUGGUACAAGCAUUUGUCACACUAGCCCUGAUGCUCUCCAUCUUUGCUUUUAUUGUAAUUUCUAUGAUCUGGAUACGUUGGCCACUAAAAUUUGUCCUGCACUAUGAGUGGAUUCUGUCUGCUACCGCAUUCAUAUGCGACGCAGUGGCUGGUGCGCUUCUCUUCCUGGCAGUCUCCAUAUUUGGUGGACAAUGUUGGCGUCGAGAUUGGUUAAUGUAUCCAAAUUUUAAUCACUUGUCAUGGUCGUACGGCCUUGCAGUCAUAUCGUUCAUGAUCCACACGUUUGCCGCAUUCUUUCUUUAUCUCGACGCGCGGACAGGUUACAGGUUACGUAAAGAAUCUCGCAAUCUGGUGAUGCAGAUGCAACCGAAUCCACAAUCUCAUCACGGGCCGCCAUCACGAACCGGAUACGUGUAAUAUAUAAAGUCGCGUGCUUUUGAUAAAAAAUUUAAUUUCUGCAUAAAGUUCUUACCGAUUAUUUUUUAAUGGAGCAAAAGAUCUGUGUACAGAAAGACUGUCUGCUAAGAAACACUACUGGUGUACCGGUGAUUCCGUCCACUUGUAAUUACGUUGAAAAUAAGAGUAAAAGCUUUAUAUAGCUCUUACCGUUAUUUUUAACAAAUAGCUCUGUGUAAGAGUAAUCGACCGUAGUCGGCAGGUUCCAGGUUCGAUCUCGACCUUCAUUCCAAAACCUCGAUUUUAAGAAGUUGAUUUUGAGAGUUGAAGAUUACAAAGAGAUAAGAAAAGAAUGAUAAGCUGUUCGAUUUAUCAUUGUGUUUAAAUCUACGUUCAUUUGCAUUUAAUUUAAUUUCUUAAGAAGGAUAAACACAUGUAUGAGAUUGCCACCUUCUUUCGAGCUAAUUAACUUGUAUUUGGUUUCCUUUAAGCUAAUUCGCUUAUGCGUGAAUAGUAUCCGUCCAUUGUUAUAUUCACGCGUGCACAUAAUUUUUUUUAUAUAUCACAAUUUUUAUAUAUAUUUUAUAAAUAUUAUAUAUAAUGCGUAUAAUAAAAUUGUAUAUUAUUUGUGUCUUACAAAUAUAUAAAAAAAUUAAUUAA